AUGACGAUUACCUACAGCUGCAUUGCUAAUGGCCGAGCCGUCCUAGCGGAGCUGGCCUUGACUGGAGGCUCCUAUCAGGAAGCAGCAGCAAAAGUCCUUAGACUUGUGCUUCUUAGAGGUGAAACAAAGACCAUAAUUCAAAUGGGAAGCUAUAUCUACCAUACUCUCUUUAUCAACGGAAUCACUUACUUAUGUGCUACAGACAAUGCCUUGGAUAAGGUGGCACCAUCUGCAUUUCUUAAGAAAGUUAGUGAAACUUUACUAAGAAAUCCUUUGAUGUCACAAGACUAUUUUUCUCCUUCAAAUGCAGUUGCUGCAGAUUUUCAACAAGUACUAGGAAACUAUAUGAUGAUAUACAAUGAAAAUCAAGAUGACAGCAGAAUUCCCACUAUCAAGAGUCAAGUCACUGAUGUAAAAAAUGUUAUGAUGCAAAGUAUUGAUAUAAUUUUGGAAAGAGACGAAAGAUUGAGUAUCUCCUUCAAUAGAACAGAUGAUCCCCAAACAACUGCCAAAGAAUUCCAAAACACAAGAGAAAUUCAUAGGAGGCUAUGGUGGAAAUACUUCAAAAAGAUUAUAGUUACCAGCAUGGCAAUUUUCCUUUCAAUUAUCAUCAUUCUUUUAAGUACAAAUGUAAUACCAACUUGA